GAAAUGUGCGUUUUUGGAAAUAUCCGAGACAGAGAAAUUGCUUGGAGUGAUUUCACUUGGCAACCGCCGUCCAUCUGUCUUUCUCGUCAGUGUGGUUUGUUUGAUGAGUCUCUUCCUACGUCAUGUGUGUGAAUCCAUAUCGAGGUGUACGUGAAACACAGGCUUGCUUAGGUUAUCUGGCCCACUCAGUCCACCCUGCAGUCACAAUAUUUGUGCAGAAAGGCGUCAAGGCCAAACAGAAGGAAAACACGUUGACUUCCAGUGAGAAAAGGGAUGUGUUGCGUGGGAAACAGUCCUGUUGUAGUGAUGUCAAAGCGGGCAGUGAAAGGUUUGUGUCUUUGGUCAAACGCUGAAGAAGUAUGCGGACACACACGGCUGCUCCUGCGGGAAAUCCAAACAGAUAAGAACACCGUGAACAUCCAGAGAGCGUGUGCUCGUCUUUUUGAGGAGUUGCUUGCUGCAGACACACUUAAAGGAGGCUUGGACUGUGGAUUCUGUUGAAGGCAUGCUUUUCCGUGUUGUCAUCAUCUUGGCUCCCUGGUGGAUCCUUUGCUUGACACACACCGAGCGAGCGGAGGUGCUUUCCAGAGAAGAUGUUCUACAAUGGUUCCAAGGUCACAUUCUGGACAGUUUGGGACUGCGAGCACCACCACGUGUGGAUGCCCCACAGCGGCUUGAUGCAGGCAGGGUGCAAGCAAUACCUCCGAGGGUUCUUCGAACCAGUCAGAGACAGCAGGCGGACCACCAGAGUCAACCGAGCCAAGAAACAUCUGAGAUUAUUCUCUUUCCCGUUUCUGACUCAUCAUGUGGUGGAUCUGACCAGAGCCACUUCACAUAUUACUUCCAGCCGUCUGCCAAGUACCGGCGCCUCACGUUGGCCCACUUCUGGUUCUAUGCAGGUGAAGGAGGCACAGACAACUCUACGGCCGCUCUCGCCACCCUCACAUCUGAUGGGAAGCUUCUCCAGGUGGUGAACGCUCCAUCAAAGAGCAGCCCUGACGGAUGGACGACCUAUGUCCUCAAUCAGACCGUGGUUAAAGGCCCUAUCCUACUCCAAGUACUUUGUCCAAAUUGUCAUUGUCACACCGAGAAGAGAGAUAAGAUUCCCUUUCUCCACCUCAAUGCUCGACCAGGCCCGGCCCGUUCACCCAGGAGUGUAGCAGACCCCAUCCCGUGGUCCCCCUUAGCCGUUGACCUACUCCAGCGCCCCUCACAGGAGAGGCCAAAGGAACGUGACUGCGGCCGAGCUGAAGUACAGAUCAGCUUCCAGGAACUGGGCUGGGACAACUGGAUCGUCCACCCCAAGGUCCUGACCUUCUACUACUGCCACGGAAACUGCUCUGCCUCCGAUCGAGCCAGCACCAUUCUCGGGAUCACGCAGUGCUGCGCCCCGGUCCCCGAGAGCAUGAGGUCCCUGCGCAUCACCACGACGUCGGACGGCGGCUACUCGUAUAAGCAUGAGACAUUGCCUAAAAUUAUCCCUGAAGAAUGUACCUGUGUCUGAAGGUCCAAGGCCUUAAAGGGCAAGCCACCCACAUCAUGAAGUACACAGGUGAUUGCUGAGUUUGCAACUCUCUGUGUGCAACAAGUCCCUGUUUUGUUUCAUUUACUGCGGUUUUUGGAAGUGGAAUGACCAAAUGUGCCAAUAUUGUCCAUAACGUGUAUGCAUCACAGUCUUUUGCUUGUUUACAACUUGGUCGUUUUAUGAUUAAAACAUGAUGUGUUGGUCGCUAACAAUAUAGCUUAGACUAGGGCCGGCUCUUUGAAGUGAAGGAGUGGUCGUUUUUUUCUCGUCUCUUUUUUCCUGUCAAAUCCUGUGAUUGGUCAAAUGCCUGGUGCCGUGUGUGUCGACACCAAACAGAAGGGGGAGGGGUAGAAUAUAACUCUAUAAGGGAGGCGUGACACCCGCCAGCAAGAUGGAAUUGUUUCACUGUGAAAGUACAAAAUAUUCAAUCAGAUUUGACCUUUUUGUCUAAUUGA